UUUUCUGAAUAUCGCAAAUAAAAAGUGAGGUGAGAAUUGCGAGAGCGGAAGAAGAAAAUGGAAGAGAUGAUGAACAAGUUUUUCGAGUCCGUGGGUUCCUUGUUCGGCGGAGGAGAUCAGAUCCCGUGGUGCGAUCGAGACGUCAUCCUCGGUUGUGAGAGAGAAGUCGCGGAGGCCAACAAAGGCGAGUCGGAGGAGCACAGGAGCGAGAGCAUUAUGAGGUUAUCUUGGGCUCUUGUUCACUCCAGGCAACCUGAAGAUGUCCACCGUGGAAUUGCCAUGCUUGAAGCUUCGUUGGCCAACACUAACUCCCCUUUGCAUCAAAGAGAGAAGCUUUACCUUCUCGCCGUUGGAUACUGCAGAAUUGAUGAUUAUUCUAAGAGCCGUGCUCUUGUCGACCAAUGCUUAGAGAUUGCACCUGAUUGGAGACAGGCUCUGUCCCUUAAGAAGAUAGUUGAGGAUAAAAUUGCUAAAGAUGGAUUUAUCGGAAUAGGGCUCACUGCAAGUGCUGUUGGACUUAUAGCAGGUGGGAUUAUUGCUGCCUUGGUUCGCAGGUGAUAUCCCCCUGGCCAACAAUGUUUUUAAAGACUAGCAUAUUCCUGUCAAAUAAUCAGACCAACAGAAGUUGCAGCUUGCCGCUUCUUGUUUUCUGGAGCAAGAUUCUAUAUCUGUUUAUUUAAAUUAUAUUUUUCGUGCAUGUAGAUGUUUUUUCACCUAUAAAACCCUUAUGUUUUGAUCCAGUCUGCGCAUAUGUAGUCACCUAAAAUCUUGGAAAAAUUGGCUUGUGCUAUAUCUGUUGCUUAAUCUUUUAAGUUGUCCCAUG